AUGGCUUUGCUGGGGCUGCUCGUGCUGCUGGCCCUGGCCGGGCCCGUGGUGGCCACCUGGGACACCUGCAGGGACGUCUCCAUUUACAAGGUGGCGAUCGGGGCCACAGACCUGGCUGAGCCGGGCCCCAAAGCCGCCGUCAGACACAUCAAGAGGAUCCUGGUGCACCACGGCUACGAGGCCACCACGGCCAGGAACGACAUCGCCCUGAUGGAGCUGGAGCAGCCCGUGGAGUGCAGUGACUACAUCCAGCUGGGCUGUGUGCCCGACAGCUCCCUGGCAGUGCCCGAGCUGAAAACCUGCUACAUGGCGGGCUGGAGAGCCACCCCGGGCAGCGCCCCCAGCCCACGCCUGGUGCUGCAGGAGGCCAAGGUGCGGCUCAUGGACGUCCAGCUGUGCAACAGCAGCCGCUGGUACAGGGGGGCCGUGCACCCCCAGGACCUGUGCGCGGGGUACCCGCGGGGCGGCAUCGACACCUGCCAGGGGGACGUUGGGGCACCCCUGGUGUGCAAGGACAAGGUCGGUGACUACUUCUGGCUGGUGGGACUGGCCAGCUGGGGCCGAGGCUGCUCCGGACGAAAACGCGCUGGAGUGUUCACGUCCACCCAGCACUUCCACGGAUGGAUCGAAGCCCAGCUGGGAUUGGCUUCAGCAAAGUCAGCCCGGACACCGAAAGUGGCACCGCUGAUCCCGAGCCCGACCCUAAUCCUGACUGCGAUCACGGCGUCACCAGAACCGGAAUCGGACUCGGUCAUGACAAUUUCAUUCCCCAAAGACGUCAAAGACAUCCUGCAGAGGUUCUUCAGGACUCUGCAGGAGUUCCUGGAGUUCCUGAAGGACAGAAUGGGUUGA